GAUGCCAGAUGGUGUCAGCUGGAGUGCUGUGAGUAUUGUUUUUCACACCACAGUGCGAGAAGAAGCAGAAACGCUGAGAUGACAGCUUGCCACUUCAACAUCUUCAUUGUCUUCACAGUUUAUCUGAGCUUCAACUUCCACCCAAGUCAUGGUUUUAAGGUGAUUCAGCCACAGUUCCAGACUAUAAACCCGGAUGGGUCAGCCGUUAUCACCUGUGAACACACCGUGAACGUCAGCUCUGUUGAAGAUGCUCGACUCAACAGCAUAUCACAAGCAGAUACGUCUAAAAGGUCACUGCUCUGCCAGAAGGGAAAGAAGGAAUGUAAGAACAUUGCCAUGCAUCCAGAGAAUCCCAACAAGUGGCUCUUCAUCUUACUCAACCUUGGGCCAGAGAACAUGACCAUGUCAUAUGAGUGUGAGUUCACAGUGAGGAAAGGUCAUCUAGAUUACACCAUGAAAGGAAUACCAACCAGACUGCGGUCAGGUCAAAAGGAAACGGAGAAGGACUGCAUAUCUCCCCCUCCCCCUCCCCCUCCCCCUCCCAGUCAGCAUUACCAACUGAUCUGGACUCUGACUGGUCUGCUGGCUCUGAUAUUCCUAUACAGCUGUGCCAUCAGCUUCGUCUACGUCAGACUGAGGAUGACUAACAACAAGAGAGAACCUGAGAACUGCACCUAUGUGGAAAUGAGGAAGGCUCCUCUGCCAACUGAUCUGUCUUUCAACAGUUUUUGUGGGUAGCAGGCUCGUGUCUUCUUACCCCUGGGAAAACUUUUCCAUGAAACCUUUCUUCAUGUAUCGUAGUCUCAAACCUUUGCUCUAUUUGCUUCUUUAUCAUGUGUCUCUCUUUGUACGAGUUGAAAACCAUUGUACUACUGAAGCUAAACAGCAGGGUGAGACAGAGACUGUCUAAAGCCACGAUGCUUUCUGCUGCUGUGCUUGUACAUCUCCUCUUUUACGGUAGUGUGUGAUGAAGCAACAAAACAUUACCCAUUAUGUCGGACAUAUACGAAUACGUACAGUUUAUCAUUCAUUCGGACCUUUUUCUAUCAACUUAAAAUGAAGCUAUAUAAUACACACACUGAGUAAUUUCAUUUAUAUCCCCACCGUCCAGCCUGACAGCUUUAUGGAUGGAAAACAGGCUCCUCACAGCUGCUCUUUACCAUGAAAGGACAAUCCUCCCUUCCUGCGAAACCCAGACCUCCUCAGUUUUUUUCCCUGACGAUGCCUGAAGUCCAUGUCCCCUCACAUCUGCACUAUAAAGGACCAUUUAACUUCUGCUCGUUUCCACUGUGUAGCUAAAGUACUUUAUUUUAUACUGUACAAUCUUCAUUGCUUUUUUUGGGAAUUCGCAGUGUUUGCGCAUAUGCACAUUACAAUGUUAUUACUAUUAUUAGUUAUUAAAUGUAUUUUAUUUAUUUUAUUUUUUAUUCUGGCCACCGGUUGUCGAGGGAGGUGGCUUGUUGGGCCUCUUUCCAGCCUCUAGAAGCACUUUAGGGCUUUAGUGGUAUGAGGGGAAUGGUGGGAGAAGCCUUGAUCCACUCCAGAGGAAAAAAAAGAGAAUUCAUGGACAAAUUCGUGCCUAUUACUCACCCCACAGAGGAUGAAGGCGAGAAGAAGGUGAGACCUGCAAUCAGCCAGACCUCCUAGGGCCACAGCCCUAGUCUGGGUGUGGCCCAAGGUGAUUCUGCCCUUGAAUAUCCUUGAAUGAAACAAACAUUUAAAAAAGGAAGGAGGAUAAUGAGGAAAUACUUAUAUGUGGUAAUUAUUUUAAAUAAAGAUGGACUCUUCAGCCACCUCCCUUUGGGCUACUGCUGGCCAGGAUAGUAAGUUUAUUAACCAUGACAUGUAUUAAUUAUAUGGUCUUCAUGUCUGAAUAUUCUGUUCUACUUUUGUCUUUUUAGGUAUCAUUUAUUUGUCCUUUCAUUUUUUUUAUUUUAAGUACAAGGCCCAGUGUAGACAUGACAAUUGUGUACCUGAACCGAUGCAGA